GCUUGGACGUUGACUCGAUGGAUAUGACCCAGAGCUAUGACAUCCUGACCUCCUCCCUCAAGCCGCGCCCCAUCGCCGUCAUCAGUACCUGCUCACCGGAGGGGUGCAACAACCUGGCGCCUCUCAGCUUCUGUAUGCCGGUCACCAGCGACCCGGCCAGUCUGGCUUUCUCUGUCACAUGGAAGCGCGACGGCAGUCCGAAGGACACUCUUACCAAUAUCCUAUCCACCCAGCACUUUGUCGUCAACCAUACCAGCCUACCUAUUAUGCCAAAGGUGUACGUUGCGUCCCAGGAGUUCGGCCCCGAUGUGGACGAGUUUGAAGAGGCGGGCCUGACGCCCGUCCCGUCCGUGUGCGGACCCGCCCCACACGUGCUGGAGUCGCCGGUCUCUCUGGAGUGCAGACUGCUCCACACGCUUCCUGUGGGGGAGAAGAGGCACGGAGGGACAACCGUCGUCUUUGGGCAGCUAGUCCAUGUCCACAUCUCGGAGUGCUGUCUCGGCCCUGACGGGAUCCGCUCCGACAGGCUGCAGUCCGUGUCCCGUCUGGGGGGCAUGAGCUACGGUAUCGACGAGAAAACAUUCAACAUCGUCAACGAGAUAUGGGAUAGGAAAAAGUGGUGAUUGUAACAGACACAACCUGUGUUACACAGUCGCUUGUUGUCAGGGUCUGAUUGGCCAAUUCAACAUCGUCAACAAGAUAUGGGAUAGGAAAAAGUGAUGAUUGUAACAGACACAACCUGUGUUACACAGUCGCUUGUUGUCAGGGUCUGAUCGGCCAAUUCAACAUCAUCAACAAGAUAUGGGAUAGGAAAAAGUGGUGAUUGUAACAGACACAACCUGUGUUACACAGUCGCUUGUUGUCAGGGUCUGAUUGGGCCAAU